AUGGCCCAGGGCCUUUCUUCCCGCUUCUUUCCUGCGGGCGGCGCCCGGCCGCAGAGGCUCUGGCCCGAGAAGCGGGCGAGGGCGGCCGCGUACCUGGCCGCGGGCAGAGAAGCCACGCCCCGGAAUAGCCUCCCCGGCUCCCUCGGCCGGCAGCUCGGCUUCCUCGGGCGGCGUCAGCGCCUUGGCCUCGGCGGACCUCGUGCAGGGCGCCGCAAGGGUGUCUUGCGGAAGCGAGGCGCUCAGCGAGGUCUGCCUUUCCCGCCGCCGCCAGGGCUCUGGCUCGGGAAACAAUGGGGUUGCCAUGGGAACGGGACGCUGCAGGCCGAGCCCCGAGCGGCGGCUCCUGUAGCCAUGGUGACGCGGAGCACUUCCGGACCUGCGGAAUCUCCGGGCGGCUCAGGCCAACCACAGCUCCCGCCGCGCCCUCUGCUUCCCGGUUCCCGCGGGCGUGAAGCCCGGGGCCUGAGGCUCGUCCCCAAACUUCCCUCUGCUGCGGCGGAAUCCUCCACUACUGUUCUUAAAGGGACUUCACCUCUCGGAGUUGAAGACGCAAGAAGAGGAGAUAAAUCCCAUCAAGGGGUGGAAAAGAGCGCCGGGCUCCACGACUCUCCCUAUUUAAAGCUACGACUUAGCGGGCUGUAUCUGGCGACACCCAGCGCCCUCCGCGCGCCCCUUCGCGUACUCUGCACCCCUCAGCUCCCUCUUUUGCUGAUCACUAUAAAGGGAAGUAUGGGACCAGAACAGGCGCUGAAGUCCGGUUCCCAAAGCCAACACACUGAUUCCACCAACGUCUAAUUAGCUCCGGCCAGAAGCAUGUUGCUCUGAUCUGUAAAGAUUAGAAAUCAAAUUAAAGGAACUUUAAAGACUCUUAGCAUU